AUGUCAAAGCCGGGUUUAACUACUCCACCAAGUGCUCGGGCAGGAAGUCCUCUCAAUACAAGCACAGGUGGAAAUGGAAAUCAACUACCUUCACUUAGUAGUACUCCGCCACCUCCCGGCGAUGAUCUACAGCCACCUCCACCACAACGAAUGCAUCCUCAACAUUCGCUGCCACCAAUGCAUUACGGCGGCCCACGCGGGCCCCCACCUCCACAUAUGAUGCAUCCAGGCGGUCUUCCACCACCACAGCCAGGUCAAUUUGUCGACGAUUUUUACGGAGGAGGACCACCACCUCCAUCGCAAAUGAUGCACCCACAUCCACACAUGAUGCAUGGCGCACCACCUCCUCAUCAUCAUCCUCAUAUGGGCAACAUGCUUGGUCCCGGCCCACCACCACCGCACCCACGUGGUAUGAUGAUGAUGCACGGGCCUCCACCACCACAAAUGAUGCUACGUACCUAUCCACCACACACACAUCAUAUCAACAAUCCACAGAAUCCGAAUUCGUCAUCGAUUGCAAUUUGUGGUUUGUGUCAUAAAGAAGCACAGGAUACAGAAGGAACGGUUCUUUGUGAGUCAGGCUGUAACUUUUUUUAUCAUCGUGCAUGCGUUGGAUUAACAGAACAAGCACUGAAAAUGCUUAAUCAAGAGAAUUAUGCAGAAUGGGUAUGCGAUAAAUGCUUUGCAGAAAAAAAUGUACCACCAGUGAAACUCAAAUCAUGA